CACAAAAAUCAACCUCUAGAAAGAGAUCAAACAUUGACUCCCAAGCAUCUACCAGUAAGAAGAAUGAUAAAGCUAAGGGUGGUAAAGGAAGAAGCAAUAGCAACAUGGUGCAGAACUCACAAAACUCAGAUGUGCAACAAUCUCAAGUUUCAGAUGUCCAGCAUUCUCAAGUUUCAGAUGUGCUACAAUCUCAAGCAAGUAAUAAAGUUGCUCUUACUGCAUUUAAGAGGCCAAGAGUAUUGGGACAUGGAGUAUUUGUCAGCAAAAGUGGCUAUACAUGUGUUGAGCAAGGGAGGCCUGUUAGUAGGGUAAUCGACAGUGGAAAGAACAAUGGAGCAGUUGCAAGUUCAGCUGUAGUGACUGGUGAUCUUGGUUAUAAACCAAGUAAAGGCCUGAAAUGGAAGGAAAAGCAAGCAAUCACAACUACACAACUUCAACAUAGAAGUAUUUUACUACAGUAUUUAAGGUCAAAAUCACCAAAAGCUAAUGAAAAAAUUGGAGGUUUUUGAGCUUCAACACUACUCUAUUGGGAACUGUUGUAUGCCGAUACUUUGAUUGUCUU